AUGGGACGGCGCGGACGGGACACCUACCCAUGGGACCGGUACGAGUGUGACUGGUGCAUGGUGCGAUUGAAUUGGGAUGUACGACCGUGUUACGUCCGCCAAUGCCACCAUCCUGGGUCACGGAGCCAUCGCAAGGAGUAUUGGGAGUCGGUCCGCGCAGGAAACGCAGCCAAGAGGGGUAAGACCUUGCCUAGAGCUUGCAGAAGGGCUAUGAUGGCGGCGGCGGCAGCGACGGCAAUCGAAAACGAGGACAGCAACGAGGGGGACAAACCUGAUCAGAGCACCCCAGUGGAGGCCGAUGCCACAACAACGCAGACAAAGACGGCGACAGAAGAGCCAGACGCACCAGCAUUGCCCGCUGGAUCAGAGGUCACGUCAAAGCCGAGACAUCACCAGGAUGAGGUGAAAAAACCAUCACAAAAGCGACAGCCAAAAGCCAUCAUCGGACCCAAAAGAAUCAUCGAUGAAGGCAUCACUCUUGCCUUCGACGACGACAACGACGUGGCAAGGAUACACGCUGCCAACCGAAAAGCCUGGCCACGUGGUCCGAUGCCCAUCGCAGCUGAUGCUACCGUUGAGGAUUGGGAAGUCGCAGAGCUUGUCCGCCAGGGACUUAUCGGUCCCGAGGACCUUCAGGUGAAUUAUGUCGGCUUUGGGGAUGAGGCCUGCCUAUAUACUAUUCAGGUUGUGGACACGAUGAAGAAAGGGAGAAGAGGGAAAGGCCGUCGGCGACAAGGGGUUCACGUUAAGGAUCUUGCGGCCUUGGACGCGGAGUCGGAGUGGUCUCAUCUUGACGAUGAAGUCUAUGCUCAGUUCCUGAGUGAUGGGGAGAGCAGUCUGGCGGACUGGAGCGAGCUGUCGUUUGUGUGUGUAGAAUCUUAG